AUAAUUAUGAAAUCAUUAUUUCUGGGCAAAUGCAAGAAAAAGGUGGUCGACUGGCUGGUUUCAUAGUAAACAUUUAACUGCCCACAUCAAAAGCUGAACUAAAGAACUAACAAAAUUAACAUGUUUGACAUAUUAUUAAUUGUUUUCACUUUAUUUUGUACGGGUACAAAUUCAUCCCCGAAAACUGUUGAGCAGUUCUCGUUCACAUUACAUCAGCAUUUGUAUAAUGAAAAUACGAGUUCAAAUGCGAUCUGGUCGCCCAUCAGCGUGUAUUCAUCCUUGGUUCCGUUCUUGAACGGUGCAUCCGGAGUAACCUUGACCGAACUUCAAACAUUUUUGGGAGUUGAAACGCCCGACGGUCAGACAAUGGAUACGCUCACUGUGAACGACACUAGCGUGCAAAUAUGCACUGGAAUUUUUGUACAGGACGACAUUAAGCUCAAGGAAAAAUUUUCGUCCAGUUUCAAAAAUGUUCAGACGUUUAAAAAUUCAAGCAAUCUAAAAGACACGAUCAACGAUUGGAUGAAGAAUGCAACAAUGGGAUUAAUCUCAAGCGUGGUGAACCAUGUUGAAGAAAAUGCCAAAUUGGUUGUAGUCAACGGUGUCGGAUUUAAGGGCACAUGGAGGGCAAAGUUCAGAAAGGAUAAAACAUUAAUCAAGCCAUUUUAUGGGCUCAAGAACACCACACAAGUUGAAAUGAUGCAGCAGAAAAGCGUGCAGAACUACGGGCAAUUCUCGACUGUCAACGAUGAAGUUUUUGAUGUCAUGAAAAUGGGCUACAGGGACAGUGCGAUGCACAUUAUUUUUGUGAUCCCGGAGAAUCCGAAAAGUUUAAUUAGCGUUUACAAGUACUUGAAAACAAUGGAACCAAACAAACUUGGAGAAAUUUUAGAAAGACUGGAACCAACCGAAUUAGAAAUUCAAGUGCCCAAGAUGAAAGUAGAAAGUACGAUUGGAAUUCAGCAAGCUUUAGAAAAGGCAGGGUUAAAAUCAAUAUUCUCCACGAUGACAGCAGAUUUGUCCAACAUGUUUGAGGAGGACACAAAUUCUACCAAUUCUACAGCUAGUUCUUCAACGAAACCAGCAGGGAUUCAUGUGGACAAAUUUGUUCACAAAACAAUUUUAGAAUUGGAUGAGGAUGGAACAAAAGUGGGCGCAGCUACGGCAGCCAUUUUUCUCCCCUUGAGUGGCUUGGCACCCAAAGUGUUCGUUGUGGACAAACCAUUCAUUGUGUUGUUAAGAUGGGAAGGCAAAUGGACUUUCUUUGAAGGGGUUGUGACUGAUGUUGAAGGAAACUUGGUCAAAUUGCAAGCUCAAAAUAAUUUGGAGGAAGGAAUCAAGAAUGAAACAGCAACGCCUGUCACCAUCACUCGUCGUAAUAAUAGCAACAACGAGAAAUGGUGGGUACAAAAUGGGCCACCAGAAUAUUUGUCCAAUAGUAGUGAAGAUAGUUCACAGGAUGAAAAUAAAUCAGCCCGCAGCAAAUUUCAACAGCCAGAACCAUUGGAUCCUUAUGGAAUCAGGUUUCCUAACCAUGUAGAUAAUGAGAAGCGCACGUUUUUUGGGACGUUUCAUGGAGAAAAAAUCAACCCUUUAUUUGUAUCUGAAGAGUAAACAAUUUUUAUUUAAUGCUGUACAUACUUGAAUUGACACGUAAGCGUAAUGCAUUAAUAUUUGAGAUGUAUUUAAAUAAAUCUGCAGAGUAUUUUUAAGAAAAUGAAA